GCAAAAUUCAAACCGCUCAGUCUUGGUUCUUUUGAAUUAGUUGAUCUCAACCCUCUUCAACCAACUUGACUUGUCUCGCGUCAGGCCAGCAACCCGGAACCAACAUCAACAACGAAAAACAAAACAAAACAUGCAGUUUACGAAGCCAGUUCCGCUGCCGCCGGGCCCGUCGUUUGUCGUCGCGUCGCAGGCGCCGGUCGGCUCGUGGUCGUGGUCGCACACGUACGCCUACAAUGCGAACGGCAUGCGCGGUGACGACGGCAGCACUGGCCACGCUGGCUCGCACGGCAUGGGCACCGGUGCGAAUGGUUUCCGUGGCGGCGACGGCACGCCCGGUCUGCGUGGUCAGGACGCAGGGAACAUUACUCGCACGAUUUUCGCAGACGAAACCUCAAACCAGACCGUCCUUGGCGGCGGCGGCAGCACCUCGGAAGACCGCUGCACGCUCGGCGAUCCCUCUACGUCCAUCUUCAUGAGCGCCAUCGGUGGCAACGGCGGCCGUGGCGGCGACGGUGGUCGAGGCGGCGACGGUUCCAUGGGAUACCGCGGCACAGACGCGACCCAGUACUCGAGCGGCGGCAACGGCGGCCCUGGUGGCGACGGUGGCCGAGGCGGCGAUGGUGGCCGAGGUGGCGAUGGUGGCCAUGGUGGUCACAUUGUGCUCCAGGUCAACGAGCGUGAUACGGAUCUGCUCAUGCUGCUCAAGGAUGUGCCCGUCGUUGUGGGUGGCAUUGGUGGUGAUGGCGGCUACGGUGGCCCUGGUGGUUCGGGAGGCCCCGGUGGCCCCGGUGGCUCGAGCUACAGCUGGACCACGUACGAGACGCAGUACUCGACCGACGCGAACGGCAAUUCCUACUCGACGACCGUCUCAGUCUCUCACACCAAUCCCGGUGGUUGGUCGGGCCCGUCGGGCUGCUCUGGCGCUUCUGGCGACACUGGUGCAUCUGGUUACAACGGCAACAAUGGCAGCUUUGGCAUUCCCGUCACCUCGGCCGAUGAUGCAAGCAUGGUGAUUGCCACCUACCCGCGGCCGUACGAGCUCAACCUGCGCAACGUUGCGAUGGCCGACACCAAGGCGUACGGCAUCAUUGAGCCGACCGCGACCGUGGCCGUCGAGGUCGAGUCCCAGAAUGUGGGUGGCAUGCCAACCCCCGGCUACCAGGAUGUGGUGUUCACCAUCCGCGACAACCAGUGGGUGAACUUCAAUCCUGCCACUGAGUCUCGGCUCGUGCCGCGCAGCAUUCCUGCCGGUGGCUUGGCCAACCUCUCGGCCCCGCAGCACAUCACCGUGCCCGACGUCAGUGGCCCGUCGCGUGGCCUGCCGCUGUACGCCCCUGCGCAGCUCGAGCACCGCGCCACGGUGACGCGUGUCAACCAGGACUUUUACCACAUCCGCGGUCAAGACACUCCCUUCCGUGUCCGGUUCCCCCUCGAGCUUUCUGCCGUUGUCGGUGCCGAAGCCAUCAUUCCAGGCGCCGAAGCCCCGAUUGCCUUGCGUGUCAAGAACAUUUCUCUCAAGCCCAUGGGUCUGAACUCUGAGACCCGUCGCUUGAUCCUGGCACACUUGCGCCUGCUCGUGACCAAGGAUGUCUUUUUGACGGCCGACGGCGUGUUGGUGCUCACCAACCCGCCAAACCCGGAAGACUAUGCCCUCUCCGGUUUGCCCGACACGCUUCCCUUCCCCGAAGGCGACAUUGUGCUCCGCGACAAGAACGGCAAUCGCAUGACCCUGCUUGGCGGCUUCACCCAAGAGAUUGCCGAAUUGAUGCCGGGUCAGGUGUGCUACAUUGCGGGCACCGUUGCUUUUGGCAACCCGGACACCCCGAUGUACACCAAGGUCCACAUGCAGGCCACCCUCGGUGAGGGUCGUCUUCUCGCGGCAGACCAGCUGCAGCUCAUCCACCAGCGCCCGUGGUCCAUCCAGCUCUGCGAAGCGUACAACCGCAGCGACUCGAACGACAUUCUUCUUGUGGUCAACAACCUCUCCAAGGCCGAAGAAGUCACUGCCUGGGACAACAUUGCGCGCACCUACGGCAUUCGCUUGGCCAAGUGGAACAUUUCGCUGUACACCGGUCUGACGCUGCGCCACGUCAAGAUGAGCGGCACCUCCCUCGAGCAAGACUUUUCCGGCAAGACCAUCAUUGUCCUGAACAACCCUUGCAUGGAGGGCGAGAAUCGCGACCGCAUUCCCUUGCAGAGCAUGCCGACCGGCGAGCUCAUUGCCACCGCGCGUGGUCCCCGCGGCAUUCGCUUCUACGUGCCCGGUCGCAUGGAUCAGGCCGAUGCUCAAAACCACCUCGUUCCCCUCGAUGUCUGGGAGUGCAUGGCUGGCUACACUAGCGUGAGCAACUUCCUCAAUCGCCCCGACGAAGCCGAGAUUGGCCCCUUCCCUCGCGGCACCGAGAUCGCCAAGGACAUUGAAAACACCUUCUGCAUGCAGAUUCUGGCGCGUGGCAACAAGGUCCAGCGCCUCCAUGCCAUCCUGCACAAGCGUCCGGGCAUUAUUGCCAUUUACGAGCCACUGAACCUGUACGUCCCGAUCGCCGUCAUCCGCCUGGUCGGCGCAUUCGUCCGCCUGACUCAGGUGCCCGCGAGUGCCGAUGAGCCAAUCACCUCGUUUACCGUCGUUAGCAGCGCCCACACUGUCACCUUCAGCGACUUGCCGGCAGACCCUCCUUCGACCGACCCCAACUACAUUGCCACGCCGCCGGCCUGCCGCGUCUGGUACCCCAUCGUUUGCCAGACCAUCCUCGAGCUCUCGCGGGAGCACGUCCAGAAGAUGCACCAGACCGCCGCUCACCACGAGUUCCAGCACCACCAGUAUGUGCAGAGCCAAACCCGGGCCGCGCCGUUGCCCCAGCAGCCCAACGCGCCGCGCGCAUCUGUGGCCGCCGUCAAGCUGCCGGCUGUCGUGGCGCCUCGCCGCUUUAGCCAUCGUCUCACCUCGUCGCUCUCGACUUCGUCCAGCAGCACCAGCGGUGUCGGCUCCGAUCCCGCCACCCCUGGCGCUCCCGUGUCGCCCUCUCCCUCUUCUGGUGCGGAAGACGACGGCGUUCCCGCUGCCGAGAAGAUUGCGCAAAAGGGCGUCAUUAGCGGCUGGCUCCAGGUGGCUGCUGGUGCCAAGGGCACUGCUUUCUCCGAGCGCUUUUGCGUGCUCGAGUCGACCCCGACCUGCGUGCUGAACACGUACUCGAGUGCCAACCUCGAGACCGUGACCAGCACCAUCGCUUUGGACACGGUCAUUGUCGUGGCUGGCGGCAAGCCCAAGCGGCCCCAGUUCUCCAUCAUCAACGCCAUGACGGAUGCUGGCUCGGUGACUGUCCGUCCGAGCGAGCAGCACUCGCCCACUGCCAACCCCGCCAUUGAGGACUGGCUGGAGGAGCUGUACAAUGUCAUUACCAACUCGCGCCCCGGCAAGGUCAUCCCCACCUUGGCCCCUGCGGACGAGACGGUGGUGCAGAUUGGCGCCGAGUUCAAGCCCGGCGAUGAGGCCACCAGUGUCUCUACCGCCGCCAUGCAGCUCGAGUCGUACACGUCGACGGUUGCCAACCUCAACAUUGCCGGCGCCCGUGUUCACCGUGAAGCGUGGUUCUCGCACGAGCGCGCGGCACGCAUUGUGGUCUCGUCGGCUCGGUGCUGCUGCGGCGGCCCGUCCUCGGAAAUGCUCGUUAGCCAGGCCACCAAGCUCGCCUACACGCUGUCUCGCCGCUACCCCGGCAACCGCUUUAUUGUGGUGCACGAGUACGACGCUCAGAUGAUUACGGACGGCAUGUUUGCCAAGUACAUGGUCGGCUCGAUCUUUGUCUUCCGCUCGCUCGAGAGCAAGCGCGCAAACGCUACCUAUCUCUCCGUGGCCGACGACUUUAUUCACACGGCAGAGUUUGUGACCAGCGCGCAAAACCAGUUCAACAUGCUCAAGAGCUUGCCGCUGAAGCGCAAGUUGGCCCUGCUGCCGAGGCGCGACGCCAACUGCCCGAGCGCCGAGGACUGGGCAUUGGAGACUCGCGCGACCAGCCCCAUUGGCCUUGUCUUCUCUGCCAUUCUGUCGGAUCUGGCUGAUGAGCAGGCAGCUCUGCGCAAUGCAAAGUGGGUUGGCGAGCUCAGCUCGUCGUACGUCAACACGCAGCUCGAUGCUCUGCGCACCGUGCUCGAUUUUGCCUACUUUGACGAGGGUGCCUGCGUGGCAGAUGGCGCCGCCGAGCAGCUCAUUGUGCAGUUGCUGGGCAGCAUUCUCUUCCUUGCGAAUGCCACCAAGAACUGGGCCGAUCGCCUCCUGCCCCGUCGUCGCUCCACCCUCGUGGCCAAGCUCACCACCGACCUCGUCAUCAAGGCUGCCAAGACCACCCUCUUCCGUCUCGGCAACGGCCAAGACGCGCGCAACCGUGCCUCUGCCGUGCAGCGUGCCUCCUCGACCAUCCAAGCCGCAAACAAGCGCGCCAACCCCCAGCAGACUGCCGGUGAUCUCUUGCACGAAUUCUGCUUCCCUAGCUUUGCUGCCAGCGCCAGGCGUGACAACUUUGCCGCAGACUUUGCUGGCAAGCACCGCAAGUUCCGUCUGCACCACUACAAGACGGACAACCUCGUCAUGUCCAUGGAAGAGUUUGGCAGCCGCCGUAUGAACGCCAACUUUGGCCGUCCCGUCAUCGAGGAGCUCAACCUUUUCGAGACUCCCGAGCAGCGUGUCCGUGCUGUCGAGGCGUACAUGGGUCGUGCCGACUAAAAUAAAGCGGCAAAGGUUCGUGUGUUUGUGUGUGUGUUUGUGUUGUUUAUUUGUUAUUGUUUGUCAGCGAGUCGUUGCUGGUCAAAUAGUGUUUCAGUGACUGUGUUUGUGAGAUGACUUUGAUGUUGGAUCUUGAAAGUGAAAUAAACUCUUAGAAUUGUGAA